UUAUAUAUAUUUUAUAUAUUAGAACACUAAGAUGUUACGUAAUGAAAGAUAGAAGGAUAUACGUAAGCUUUGUCAUAUUAAUAGAAAUGUUAAAAUAAUGUUUCGACCCAACAUAUUUUCGUACUGAAAUGCGGAACAGUAAUUUCCAGCUCCUGGUUUGUCUAAACAGUUACACUGAAAUGCUGAUGAGGCUUUUGACAUAUUAAUUAACAUUUUGGUGAAGAUACUUUAUCAAAGUAAAUUUGUACUUGCUGUGAUUAGAAAAGAAGGAAAAUUGUACUGUGCCUUCUCUAGCGGCCUUCUGCAGUAGCAGUAUAUAUUGAUCAGUUGAUCUAGAUCUAUUGGGAAAAUCCCCUAAGAAAUGUUUUUAAAGAUUCAUCCAAUUUUCCCAAGAAUUUGAAUAUUUCGCCCUUCUUUGAAGUUCUAGAUUGUCUUUAUUCAAACUAAUUCCUAAGAUUUAUCUCCUAAAAAUUCUAAUUUCCCCAUGGAAUAUUAGUGUAAUAUUAUUAUACCUUGUGAGUUACUUCCCUUGUAUUUUAAUCACCAUUGUUAAAAGAUGAAUUCAGAAAAAUGUUGUUGAUUUGAUUCCGCCCAGAUCAACCCUAGUGAAACGGCACAAGGGCUAACAGGUCAUGCACCCAUAUCCCAUGGACAUCCCUCAUCCACACCAGCGCCAUCUCAUGGAUAUGUGAAGUUUCCGCAUGUUCAUGUGUCAGAAAUUUCAUCUGCUUCAGAGAUGGGUGGCUCAGAAAGGGAUCAACCGGAAAUAUCAGGUGUGGAGUCUAUUCAAUCUGAAGAAAGUGGACCUGGAUCAACAGAGAUGACAAGCUUGGCACCUGGAACAUCUAAAGCUGGUCGUAAAUUGGAGCAGAAAAGAUUAUCUUCAUCUUUUGCAGAUCCUUUCGACCUGUCCAUCGAUAUAACUAUUCAAUCCGACAAUGAAGAAUCUGAUGACCCAGACUAUGAGCCUAGCUUUGUGUUAUCAGCUGUUUUACCUGAUGUUCUUGAUGACGAGGCAGAAGAGAUGGCUUUUGAAGAAGUGGAAUUUGGACUGGAAGUAGACUCAAACAGUAUUGAUGAAGAGGGUACAGAGGAUGUUGCGGAACAACCUGGAAUAAUGAAGGUGACAACAGAUGACCAGUGUGAUAAAGUUUGUUCUGACACGCUUUGUUUGUCAUUCCUUCCACAGUUAAAGAUGUUGGCCAAUAUUACUGUAAACAUGUGUAGUACAGCAGGUUGUAAGGAGACAGUAACCAUUGUUGACAGCUUUGUUGGAUCAGCUCUUUAUUUCAAGUGGGUUUGUACCAACGGUCAUGUCAGCAAAGAAUGGUGUUCACAACCAGUACUGAAUAAACGUCUUCACUGUGGAGAUUUUUUGGUUUGUGGAUCAAUCUUAGCAUCAGGAAACAACUAUGGGAAAUUAUGUUUAUGGGCAAAGCUGCUUAAUUUAAAAUUUCCGUCGUCUGACCAAUUUCACCGUAUUCAAACCACAUACUUGGUUCCAACUAUAGACCAGUACUGGGAAGAACACCAACAAGAAGUGCUGGACACAUAUAGAGGUCAACAAAUUGUUGUAUUAGGAGAUGGACGGAAUGACUCACCAGGACAUUGCUCCCAGUAUUGUUCUUACACUUUAAUGGAAGAUACAACCAAGAAGAUUUUAACAAUAAAAACACUGGAUAAACGUAUGACUGAUAGAAAGUCGGUUAACAUGGAAAAACUAGGGUUUGAAAGAGGGAUGAGUGAGCUUGAGUCUGAACAGGUGGAAGUAAAAGAAGUUGUCACUGAUGCUCAUCUUGGUAUAGGAGCACUCAUGAAAUCCAGAUACCCUGACAAGAAGCACUCCCAUGAUAUUUGGCAUGUUGCAAAGAAUCUUGGAAAAAAAAUAGUAAAGAUUGCUCAGAAGAAGCAAAACUCUGUAUUGUUGAAGUGGUCAAAGGACAUUAUCAACCAUUUCUGGUUUGCAUGCAAAGAAGCAAACACUUGCAGUCAAUUUGUGAGUAUCUGGAGAAGUGUCCUUCACCACAUCACAAACACACAUGAGUGGAUGUUACCAGAUGGAAAUGGUCAGACAGGAUGUUUACAUGAACCCCUGUCAGCAGAAGAGACUCGGGACAAACCGUGGCUGAAUCCCUCAAAAGAUGCCGCAACAUUGAAAGAUUUGACCAGUCUUGUUUUAGAUAAAAGACUUCUGAAGAAAGUGGGCUAUUAUUUGAACUUCAGGUACUUUAACUAAAUUAGCUUACUUCGGAAAAAUAGUGUUAAAAAACCCAGUAUCAUUUGAUUUUAGGAGGCUUAAAGUUUCAUCUUACUGUUUACUUUUAUCUAGUACAGUUAAACUUUGUUCGCUUGAACUCGGAUCGCUUGAACUCAUUGCCUGGUCCCAACAAAAUUCCUGUAUAAUAUAUAUUGAACACAGAUCAUUCGAACUCUCGAACCUAAUCUGUUGUCCCUUUGGCAGAAACAUAGUGAAAAUCACACCUUUUUGGUCAAACACAAAAAUACAACAAAAGCUACCGGUCUACAUGCUCUAAAUAAGUGUCAGCCAGCGUGGAGCAUGUAACAUGAAUUGUUAGUUUUUUUGUUACAGUGUUAUCUAUAGACUUGUACAUGCGUUUUUAGUUGAUGACUACAAUAAAUGUUGCUACUUUAUUAAUCCAUUAUUUACAAUUAAAUUUAUCCCAUGAAAAAUGGGACAUAAAUAUAUUUUGAACAAGUUAGAUAAAUGAUUGCCAAAUUAAACU